AUGACUGGUCUCUGCGUCGAAUUGAUUGGUUUCCAUUUGAAUGCCAGAAUGAUCACCUUUUUCCUUUUAGCUUUAGCCGGGGUGUCAGCGGGAGAGAAUGCCGAAAAAAAGAAACCACCUCACAUCGUUUUUAUUCUCGCAGAUGACUUGGGUUGGGAUGACACAAGCAUUCAUGGCUCGUCUCAGAUUCCCACUCCGAACAUGGAUGCGAUGGCGGCAGACGGCAUUAUUCUGAACCAGCACUACGUUCAGCCCCUGUGCACGCCUUCAAGGGCCGCGCUCAUGACAGGCCGUUAUCCCUUUCACAUAGGCAUGCAACAUGCAGUAAUCAUUCCAGCGGAACCAAUGGCUUUGCCACUUGAAUAUACUCUUAUGCCAGAACACUUCAGACGUCUCGGAUACAAGACACACAUGGUUGGAAAGUGGCACCUCGGAUACUAUGAUAAAAAGUAUGUACCGUUGAGGCGUGGAUUCGACACAUUUUUUGGAUUUUACAACCCCUCGCUGGACUACUUCAACCAGAACUUCACGGAGGCUACUCACACUGGGCAUGACUUUAGAUCUGGCGAGGAGAUUUACAGGGAAAAGAAUCCACAAUACUCGACUUAUUAUUGCACGAAUAAAACCAUUGAACUGAUUCGUCGCCAUAAAAAAUCAACGCCAUUGUUCUUGUUCUUAAGUCACCAAGCACCUCACGUAAGUGGUGGAUCCACGCCUUUCCAAGUUCCGAGUGAUGGCGUCAGAAAUUUUACUUAUAUUAAAGAAGAAAACAGAACUUUAUUUGCGGGUAUGGUGGACGCACUGGAUCAAUCAGUUGGUAGAGUUGUUGCUGCCUUGCAAGAGGAAAACCUGUUAAACGACACUAUCCUCGUGUUUUCUUCUGACAAUGGUGCAUUGCCCUGGGGAUUCCAGUCAAAUCGAGGCUACAAUUGGCCCCUGAGGGGUGGAAAGUCUACCCUAUAUGAGGGUGGCGUAAGGGGCACCGCUUUCCUAUGGAGUCGUCGUCUGAAGAACACGAAGCGUGUCUCCAACCAGCUGAUGCACAUCUCAGAUUGGCUUCCGACGCUCUACUCUGCAGCGGGAGGGAACGUCUCAGAGCUUGGCGAUAUAGAUGGAGUCGACAUGUGGGAAUCAUUGUCUACAUCCAACAAAUCCCAACGUGGCAGGGUCGUGCUCAACAUAGAUUCAGUGUUAAACUACUCCGCCAUUCGAGUUGGUGACUACAAACUGAUUGAAGGACGAUUCAACAAAAGCUUGUAUGACCAGAGAUUUGAGACUGUGGGAGGCAAGCGUCCGUUGGAUGACCUCGAUGCUUUGAUGAAUGAGUCCGUGGCUGCCUCUGCUCUCAGAGACUUGUAUAAACCCGAACCCCUACAAUUUUCCCCCUAUUGGAGGGCCGAGGCCAAGAUAAACUGUAGUAACGAAACGUCCAAUGUCGACAUACAUCAAGAUGCAUUUUACUUAUUUAACAUCAAAGAAGAUCCUUGUGAAACAAAUAACUUGGUACGCGAGGCGACGGAGGCUGGUAAGCUAAAUGAGCUAAAGGAAAUACUCGCUCGCUUUAAGGAAGAAGAGGCGAACCCUCUUAACAAACGAAUGGAUCCUGCAGCCUUCCCCGAAUGCCACAACGGCGUAUGGGAUCACUGGGUUCCCACUGUAAAAUAA